CCGCCAGGCUGCUGGUGCAGCUAGUUGUUCGGAAUCUUCUUGCCGAGCAUGUGGUGUGGCAGUGGCGUCACUACACUUUCCGCAGUCACUAACAAAACUAAGUGAGACCGAUAUAUCGCUUUCUCUUUUCGUGGGCUGAAUAGAGUUGAAGUCAGAGAUCGCUUUUGGACGAGUUCAAGGAAGUGAGGCACGUGGGGAGGUCAAGAGCGAUGAAACCCGAGGGAAUUGAGGGUACGGAACGGUUUUUGAGCUCUGGUAAAGGCCGGGGACUCAGAGCCACAAAGCAUUUCAAAGUUGGCGAUCUGGUGUUUGCCUGUCCGGCGUAUACUUACGUGCUGACAGUGAAUGAGAGAGGCGGACACUGCGAAUUCUGCUUUACCAGGAAAGAAGGGCUUUCAAAGUGUGGAAAAUGUAAACAGGCGUACUACUGCAAUGUAGAAUGUCAGAAAGGAGAUUGGCCAAUGCACAAGCUGGAGUGCUCGGCUAUGUGCACAUAUGGCGAGAACUGGUGUCCAUCAGAAACAGUGCGACUGGUCGCUAGAAUAAUUCUGAAACAGAAAACCCAGACAGCGAGCACUCCAUCAGAAAGAGUGUUGGCUCUUAGAGAAUUGGAAGCACAUUUGGAUAAGCUAGACAAUGAGAAGAAUGAGAUGAAUGAUACAGACAUUGCAGCACUCCACCACUUUUACUCCCAGCACCUCGAUUUCCCUGAUAAUGCAGCACUUACGGAGCUCUUCGCCCAGGUGAACUGUAAUGGCUUCACUAUUGAAGAUGAGGAGCUUUCUCAUUUGGGGUCUGCUGUAUUUCCAGAUGUUGCUCUGAUGAACCACAGCUGUAGUCCAAACGUGAUUGUGACGUAUAGAGGUACAGUGGCAGAGGUGAGGGCUGUGCAAGAAAUCAACCCUGGAGAAGAGAUUUUCAACAGUUACAUUGACCUCCUGUAUCCAACAGAAGAUAGAAUUGAAAGGUUGAGAGAUUCUUAUUUCUUUACCUGUGAUUGUAAAGAAUGCACCUCGAAGUCAAAGGACAAGGCCAAAAUGGAGAUGCGUCAAAAGCUAAGCACACCUCCUGAGGAUGAGGAAAUCACACAGAUGGUGAGGUAUGCCAGAAAUGUCAUCGAGGAGUUCAGAAGAGCUAAGCACUACAAAACCCCCAGUGAACUGCUGGAGAUUUGUGAAUUAAGCCUGGAGAAAAUGGGUUCAAUCUUUGCAGAUACCAAUGUGUACAUGCUGCACAUGAUGUACCAGGCAAUGGGUGUCUGUCUUUAUAUGCAGGAUUGGGAUGGAGCAAUGAAAUAUGGCGAAAAAAUUAUCCAGCCCUACAGUGUGCACUACCCUCCCUACUCACUGAAUGUGGCCUCCAUGUACCUGAAACUUGGAAGAUUGUACCUAGGACUUGAGAAGAGGACGCAAGGAGUAAAAGCUUUAAAGAAGGCUCUUGCAAUCAUGGACAUUGCCCACGGUAAAGACCACCCAUACAUCACUGAGAUUAAGAAGGAAAUGGAAGAGCAGAAAUAAUGAGAGCACCAGGAGGAAUAUGCAUCAAACGCUGACAUGUGUCUUAUACCUCUUCUUGGAAUAUACAAAGUGAUGUCAAAAUUGUCUGUCAAUCUGAGAUGUCAUUUACACAGAUUUUUAGGUUUGUAAAUAGAUGGCCUGAGUCAGAGAAUUUCGUUGCUUGUAUUUUAUGCUUUGGGAAAAAUGUUCUGCACUGUUUUCUGUGAAGAAGGGCUAAGAUUUAAGAAUCAUAUCACAUAUACAAGGUUUUUAACUAUAAACAUUUUGCCCUAUCAUGUAGCAAUGGUAUUGCUGUUUUGAAUAGCUUCAAAUCUAUCAAAUAUUUAUUUGUAUUUGAUAGAUUGUUGCAUGGUUCUUAUUUUGCACCGAUCAAAGUAUAUCAUUGAUACUGUUAAGAUAUUGGACUUCCAAUAUUUCAGUACAUUUCAGUCAUAGUGUUACUUUCAUACUUGCUUCUUUGUUUGUUAAAUGUUUCUUGUUUGAUUGGAAUUGUGUAAUUUUCGCAGGUGGCAGCAGCGAAACAAUAAUGAAUGCAGACUGCCACAUGCUUGAAAUUUAAUGUGACAACACUAAAGUAAUAAAUUCCUGAAGAUAAACACUGA